CGACGCGCGGAUCAGCCUAGAGCCAUGUCUAGGCGGGAACCCGCAGCCAACGCUUCCUCCUCGGGCGUUGCUCCCCGGCGAAGCUCGACGGGGUCCCGCGGCGCCGAGCGGACAGUGGUGGAGGAUCCGAGCCGGAGAGGCCGGGUCGGUAGCAAGGGGGCAGGCGGCGGCUGGAGAGAGCCCGCGGGUGCCACGGCCGCCGCCGGCUGCCGCGAACCGCCGAUGAGUUUCCUUAUAAGGAACGACGUGGUGGGCGCAGUGAUAGGUCGUGGAGGGUCAAAAAUUAGAGAAAUCCAAAAUACAACAAACACUAAAAUACAGGUAAUAAAAGGAAACCCCGAGGCAGAAAUCAAAAUAUUUGGGAGUAAAGCCAUGCAAAAAAAAGCAAAAACAGUGAUAGAUAAUAUCGUUAAAAAACAACAAAAUUACGUCCCAGGACACAGAGUUGAUAUUAUCGCGUUCCAACCCUCUGUUGGAACAGAUGCCAGUACAAGUGAAAAUGUAAAGGAAGAUCAGCCACUAAUAGAUUGGGACCAAAUUCGAGAAGAUGCUCUUAAGUGGGAAAAGAAAAAGUGGGCAGAUUUACCUCCAAUUAAGAAAAACUUUUACAUAGAGUCAACAUCGACGAGCUCAAUGUCCCAAGUGCAGAUAGACAACUGGAGGAAAGAAAACUUUAAUAUAACAUGUGAUGACUUGAAAGAUGGUGAGAAACGUCCUAUCCCCAACCCUGUAUGUAAAUUUGAAGAUGCCUUUCAGAGUUAUCCAGAAGUUAUGGAAAACAUUAAAAAAGCAGGGUUUCAAAAACCUACACCAAUUCAGUCUCAGGCAUGGCCAAUAGUUCUGCAAGGAAUAGAUCUUAUUGGAGUAGCACAAACGGGAACAGGGAAGACAUUAUCCUACUUAAUGCCUGGAUUCAUUCACCUGGAUUCGCAACCCCUACCUAGAGAAAAAAGAAAUGGACCAGGCAUGUUAGUCCUUACUCCUACGAGGGAGUUAGCCCUUCAAGUAGAAGCUGAAUGUUCUAAAUAUUCAUAUAGCGAUCUUAAAAGUGUUUGUGUAUAUGGUGGUGGUGAUAGAGAUGGACAAAUACAAGAUGUUUCAAAAGGUGUAGACAUCAUUAUUGCAACUCCGGGAAGAUUGAAUGACCUACAAAUGAAUAACUUUGUCAACCUGAAAAGUGUAACCUAUUUGGUUUUAGAUGAAGCAGACAAAAUGCUGGACAUGGGAUUUGAACCCCAGAUAAUGAAGAUUUUGUUAGAUGUACGCCCAGACCGGCAGACUAUUAUGACAAGUGCUACUUGGCCAUAUGCGGUCCGCCGUCUCGCACAGUCUUAUUUGAAAGAGCCAAUGAUUGUCUAUGUUGGCACUUUGGAUCUAGUUGCUGUAAGUACCGUGAAGCAAAAUAUAAUCAUCACCACAGAAGAAGAGAAACGAACUCAUAUCCAAACAUUCCUAGAGAAUAUGUCACCUAAAGAUAAAGUCAUCGUUUUUGUCAGCAGAAAAGCUGUUGCUGAUCACUUAUCGAGUGAUCUGAUUCUCCGACACAUAUCAGUAGAGUCUCUGCAUGGGAACAGAGAACAGAGUGACCGAGAGAAAGCAUUAGAAAACUUUAAGACGGGUAAAGUGAGAAUACUUAUCGCUACUGACUUGGCAUCUCGAGGACUUGACGUCCAUGAUAUCACUCAUGUCUACAAUUAUGACUUUCCACGGAACAUUGAAGAAUAUGUACACAGAGUAGGACGCACAGGGAGAGCAGGGCGAACCGGUAUGUCAAUUACCCUCAUCACAAGAAAUGAUUGGAGAGUUGCCACUGAAUUGAUUAAUAUUCUGGAAAGAGCAAAUCAGAAUAUCCCAGAGGAGCUUGUCUUAAUGGCUGAGAGGUACAAAGCAAAUAAACAAAAAAGAGAAAUGGAAAAAAAAUUGGGAAGACAGCAAGGAAAGCCACAGAAGUUUUACUAAUGCCUGGUGUUGCAGGAUUCAAGAUGUUAUUGGGAUUUUGAAACGUACACCAAUAUGAAGAGACUUGGCUGAUUAAAAUAAUAGUGUUUUUUAAAUGUAGAAUUCAAUGUUUUAUACUUUCUUUAAUAAAAAUCAAUAGUUUUUAA